AGCGGGAUUGGCUCCAUCGCCGCAGCGGCCGCCGCGACUGCCGCGCUAGACGACGAAGUCUGCAGCGUGGAGGAGAUUCGAUCUGCGUUUUACAAAGCCAAGGGCGGCGGGAAGGGGAUUCUAAGGUUCGCCAUGCGCGGACUCUCGCAAUUGUCAGGGAUGCUGGGAGGAGGGGGCGGCUUGACGGAAAACGUUCUGGGAAGGGAAUUUUCCGCAAUUGAGAAAAAAUAUUUCGUCAUGAUGGAUCAGGAGCUUGGGGCGGGCCAGUUUGGCGUGACGCGAAUGGCCAAGUGCAGACAAACGGGGAAGCAGUUUGCGUGCAAGUCUAUCUGCAAGGCAAAUCUCAAGAGCAAAUCGGACUUGGAGGAUAUUAGAAGAGAGGUUUCGAUGCUUGAGACCUUAAGGCCCAAUCCGAACAUUGCGCGGCUAGAAGAAGUGUUUGAAGAUGAGGAGGGUGUUCACAUGGUGAUGGAACUAUGUGUUGGAGGAGAGCUCUUUGACAAAAUAAAGGAAAAGAAACGAUACGAGGAGAGAGAAGCCGUCCCCGUAAUGCGAACCAUUCUCGACGUGCUCGCAUUCUGCCACAUGCGCGGCAUUGUGCAUCGCGACAUCAAGCCCGAAAACGUCCUCCUUACAAGCCCCGACUCGAUAACCGAAUGCAAGCUCAUCGACUUUGGCGUGGCUACUGUGGUGAAACCCGGCGCGAAGCCUCUAUGUGACUUUGUCGGAUCGCCGUUUUAUGUCGCGCCGGAGGUGAUAGAAGGGAGCUACGGAAUCCCGGCUGAUGUGUGGUCAGCAGGGGUUGUUCUUUACGUGCUGAUCUCGGGUGUUCCACCAUUUUGGGCACGCACUGAUGCUGGAAUUAUGAAGGCAAUCAAGGAGGCGAAGCCGUGCUUUAAAGGGGAGGCAUGGCGUGAUGUAUCGUUGGAGGGAAUGGACCUUGUAAGGAGGAUGUUGACACGGGAUUCGAAGAAGCGACUAACAGCUCGAGCUGCUCUCG